AUCCCAUCACCCAGGAAGUGCGCAUCCCUGCUGGGAGAUGCUGAGACUGCAUUCCUAGGGCAAGGUCACUUUCCCCUUUUCUUUUAUCCCUUUUAAUUCAUUGAGGAGAGGGCACUCCCCAGAAUUUCUGGUCCCUCCUUCGCUCUCUUCUUUCAAUCCCCGAAGAAUUUCCUCCCCCUGCCCUCCAGAUUCCUUCCCCACCCUCUUCUCAUUUUCCUCUCCUUCCUUUCCAGAGAAAGACCCCUCCCAUAUCUUUUCACCCUGAGCUCGCUCCGAAGCCUGGGAAUCAUCCACUUUCCCCAUUUCUAUUCCCCUCCUCUGCGCCCCCCUCCCCUUUCCCUCCUCCUUCUCUGGAAAGAACCACCCGGCUUCCACUUCGCCUCCUCAGUCUCCUUCACAGUGCUCUUCGGUGGUGGCUCUAGUUCUUGCCCAUGCCCUGGUAGCCCAUGGCAUUGGAGCUCUCCUUUAACCCAUCCACGAGGCUACAUGACCGAAACAGGAAUCCCCUAAGCCAAGCUGGGUAGUAUCUGUGCGGCCGUGGUUCCACUCACCCUUCGGGAGCCAACAGGAACCUUGAUACCUCACUUAGAAUAGCCCCUGCUUUGCUUCCCAGUAUCUUGACUAUAUCCAAGUUCUUCCUGUCCAUUCCAGGUCAAGCUUGAGUUGUAUUAUCAAAAUGGAAAAUAUACCGUUCUGGCUGAUCUUUUAUACCCUUAUGUGGACCAUCAUUGAUGGCUCUGAAACAGAACAGGAUUUUACCUGGCACUUAAGAAAAAUACCUCGGUUAGUUGGUGAAAGGACCUUGUAUCUUUCCAGCCCCAAAUAUGAAGCAGAUGCUAAACUGGUGCUAAACAGAGUAUGUGGCAUUGAAUGCCAAAAGGAACUACCAGUGCCAAGUCUUUCUGAGCUAGAGGAAUCCCUCUCCUAUGAGACUGUCUUUGAGAAUGGCACUCGAACCUUGACACAAGUAAAUGUCCAAGGAUUGAUACUUGAGCCUAUUCAGAAUACUACAAGAAAAAUAAUACCCAGGAGAAAGCGGCAGGUAUAUGGCAUCGACAGCCGCUUCAGCAUCUUGGACAAGCGAUUUGUAACCAAUUUUCCUUUCAGUACAGCAGUGAAGCUCUCCACAGGCUGUAGUGGUAUUCUUGUCUCCCCUAACCAUGUUUUAACUGCAGCUCACUGUAUUCAUGAUGGGCAGGAUUAUGUCAAAGGGGGCAAAAAACUAAGGGUGGGAUUGCUUAAGAUGAGGUCUAAGAGGAAUGGUAAGAAAGCCAGAAGUUCUAAGAGGAGUCGACGAGAAGCCGAGAAUGGAGAUCCAAAACAGGGCGCCCAAGAGGAACUGAAUAUGAGAUCCAAAGGAAGGAGAAGAAAGAAAGAAUCAGGAAGGGGUCAGAGAGGUUCUGAGGGGAAGCCAUCUUUCCAGUGGACCAGGGUGAAGACAACUCACAUUCCCAAAGGCUGGGUUAGAGGAGUGAGUGGACAUGUUGCUCUGGAUUAUGAUUAUGCUCUUCUCGAGCUGAAACGUCCCCACAAAAAAAAGUUUAUGGAGUUGGGUGUCAGCCCAGCCAUCAAGAAGAUGCCUGGCAACAUGAUUCAUUUCUCAGGUUUUGACAGUGAUCGAUCUGGGCAGCUGGUCUACCGAUUUUGUAGUGUGUCAGAUGAAUCCAAUGACCUCUUCUACCAGUACUGUGAUGCAGAGCCUGGCUCUACAGGUUCUGGGGUUUAUCUACGCCUAAAGGACCCUGAAAAGAAGAAGUGGAAGCGUAAGAUCAUUGCCAUCUAUUCAGGCCACCAGCAGAUGGACGUCAGUGGAGUCCAGAAGGAUUAUAAUGUUGCUGUACGUAUCACUCCUCUCAAGUAUGCACAGAUUUGCUUGUGGAUCCAUGGAAAUGAUGCGGAUUGUACUUAUGGCUAAUUGUUACCACCUCAAAAAGCCAUAUUCCCAAAAUACAGCAAAAACAAGACUCAAGUUACUGCAACAGCAUCUCAUCUCAGGUUAUGCUUGACUUUGACAUCUAUCAUCAGCAUUUCAGCAUUUUAAAAAUUAUUCCUAAAAGACGAAAACAUUUUCAUAAAAAAUUUUUUUAAAAGAGAAUUUUAAGUCUAUAUAGCUACUACAAUGGAACAGGCACCCUAGUGCCAAAGUUUAUACUUUUCUUUCAGUUGUGGUCAUUUUAAGUUGUUUAUGAGCAAAUGUGUUUCCUUCUGCCUUAAAAAAAAUUAGACAAACUUUGAAGCCUCAAACUGGUACUAUUAAAUAAUAGGUAAUUUUUCAAUAGACUUAUUCUCAGGGUUCUGCUCUAAUUCGUAUCUAAGGUGAUGGACAUUCCAUAGAAUUUGUGGACCUGUAUCUGCAGAAGCAGGUAAACCAUGACAGAUAGUAUUCAAAAUAGGUCAGCUGAGAGAUACUGAGAACCCAGUGGGUAUAAACACUGUAUUACUACUCUCUAUUACUAGGUGCUAUUUUUUUCCCCAGAGUAGAAAUUCCGUUAUUUUCCCUCUCCUAAGAAAUAGGUUUUUUUUUUGGGACAAAUAUUAGCUUUUUGUCAACUCUGCCAGUUCUUUCGUGUUCUUUUUAUUUUUAAUAUACUCUUUUUCUAUGUCAAAAUUUUUGUUUUUGAAUGAACUGGUCAUUCUAAUCAGAUAAUUUCUUACUGGGAACAUCCACAUUAAUUCACUCAAAUUCAAUGUUAGCCAAAACAGAGUCUUGGGAUGUAGCCCAGAGUGGGCAUGGGUCUGGGAACCUAGUAGCUAGGAUGUUCCAAAUUAAAGAUUUCCUAACUAAGAACCAAAUAGCCCAGAGAAGACUUUGAUAUCUGGAAUAUAUUCCCAUCACUCCUCCAACCUCUAUCCAAUUCAUACUCUGCUUAGCAUAAAAGUAUUCUUAUAUUAGCUUCCAAGGAACCCCCGCCACACAUUUAUACCAUUGUACAAGCUGCAUGUUUGCUUGGUAAUACCAACUUCCUAAAAUGGAAGAUUCGGAGGAAUCAACUUCAAUAGAGUUCCAGCUCAUAUUCUUUUAUACAACUUGUUAGAAAUAAUUAUAUGCCGGUUUGCUGAUUGGUACUUUAUUGCUGGUGAUCCACUGAGAGUAUCAUUAUGGAGUCAACAACUAAAAUCUUUUCUUGGCCAUCUUUUUUAUGAUAACAGCAGACUUGAAGGAAACAAACAUUUUUGUGGUUAGAUAUAUUCACAUUAGGCAAGAUGGAAUAUGAUAUAAUGGCUAGGUAGCUGGCCUUGUAGUUGGGAGGACCUGGUUACCUCUGAUACAUAUUGGUUAUGUGUCAUUGGCAAUGGGGAAUUUUUUAAGAUGAUAAAUUGAAGACAAAUGCCAUUCUGUAUUGGUAGAGAGAGUUCCUCACCAGGAGCUUCAUACAUCCAUAAAAUCAUAGACUCUCAUUAAAAAAAAAAGAUAGGUGCUUAAGGUUAAAUGUACUGUAUUUACACACCUGUUAUGUAGUCUACCUUUUUCCUGAACAAGAUUCAGAAUCCAAAUCAGUUAAUGUCAGCCUAGAUGGUUGUCUCUUCUGUAGGGCUCUUCCUUUGGCUCUCUUCUAUUAAAUGUUUUUAUCAAUGAUUUUUGACAAAAAAUAGAAAUCAUACAGUCAUAAGUUUGGAGCUAGAAGGUCAGGAGGUCAUUUAUCAUAUCCUCAUUUUGUAGAUGCCUCAUCUAUAAAACUGAGAUUCAAAGAGUUAAAGUAACUUGCUCAAGGCCACACAGGUAGUAAAGAAGAAUUAUGGCUUGAAUUCAGGACUGCUAAUUCCAGAACCAUCAUUCUUGGGCUUAUAAAAUUUGUGGAUGACAUGAAGCUAGGAGGAAAAGUGAAUACAUUGGAUGACAGAAUUAGGGUAAAUUCUCUCUUGGCUGAAAUGAUGGAUGAAGACUAAGAAGAUGAAAUUUAAUGGAGAUGAAGUAAAGAUUUACACUUGGAUUAAAAAUAUCAGUGGCACCCAUAUAGUAACAGAGUGUAUAAGAAAAAGACCUGACUCAAUAGCAAUUCAUAUGAAAAAAAAUUAGGGUCUUAAUAAACGUCAUGCUCUAUGUGAGUCAACAGGGUGAUAUAUCAGCCCCCCCCCAAAAAAGGUAGGGGAAUCUAGGGCUGCAUUAAUAGAUGCAUGUGGGGAGCUGUCAUUUUAUUGUUGGACUAACUCUAUUACCAAAGGAUAGUCACUUGAACCUGAAUAUUGGGGGCUUCUCCAUUUAGACUAACAGCAUAAUAUUUGGAUUGAAGGACUCAAUCAGUUGUAUGAGUAUAAUCUGUCCUAAUCAGACCACCAUAUUAUAGGAAAGGCAUCAUGAUAUUGUCCAUUGAUGUCUAAAGCUCAUCACCUGACCAAGAUGGGGUGUGAACUUGAGACCAUGUUGCCUGAAGUUUGCUUGAAGGAACUAGGAAUGUUUAGUUUAGAGAAAAUAAAAAGGCUUAGGGAAGUCACACCUGCUGACAUUAAAUAUCUUUAGGGGAUAUCAUGUUAUAAGAGGAAUUGGACUUAUUUUUUUGCUUGAAGGGGUAGACUUUACAAUGGAGAACAAUUUCCGUUUCAUAUAAGAAAGGAUUCCAUAAUAUUGUAAUUAGAUGCAUCCAAGAGUAAUAAAUAGGCAGCUAGAUGUCCCAGUGGAUACAGUGCUGAACCCAGAGUUAGGAAGACCUGAGUUCAGAUCUUACCUCACACUCUUAUUAGUGACAUGGCCCUGUACAAUUCAGUUAACCCAUUUUGGUUUCAGUUUCAUCACCUAUAAAAGGGAGGUCAUAAUAGCACUCACAUCACAGUUGUAAUGAUCAAGUCAAAGGAGAUCACAUAUAUAAAAUGCUUUGAAAACCUUAAAGUGCUGUACAAAUGCUAGCUAUUAUUAUUAUUAUUAUUAUUGGGACAUGGUGAGUUUCCCAUCACUCCAGGUCUUCAAGUUGAGACUUAGACAUGUAGUAGAAGGAAAUCUUGGUUAAGUACAAGAAGACAAGAUGACCCUAGAGGUUUCUGGUCCCUUGCAACUCUGAAAGCAUGUGAGGAUUAUGAAUUCCAUUUAGAAAUUACUUCCUUAUUUAGUAACCAGUUCCACUCAUUAGGAAGAUCAAGACUGUGCCCCAAUCGGAUCGCUAGUGAAAAUCUGCGGGAACCUCAGUACCCCACCAAAUCAAAGACUCGACAGCUUGUUUCACUUCUCAGACCUGUCAAUUUAAGCAAAGCUUGAAUCAGAAAGAAAAAAAUUCACGGGAACUUGAAAUUUAGUGUCAAUCUCAAUAUAACAUUGAAGCCAGGCAUGGUGUAAUCUCUGCUGCUUAGGAAGUGAAGCUGAAGCUGAAGCUGGUGGCUGAUUGAGUUUAGAGAUUCUGAGCUACAAUAUAGCUAAAGCCAGAACUAAAACUAAAUCCACUAAUGGGAAGGGACCAUGGGAGCAGAGGGCUGCCAGGCUCCCUGAGAAGGGCAGACCAGCCUGGGUCAGAAAAGUGGGGCAGGUUAAAGUUUCUGUAUGAGUUACUAUUGGAAGUGGGCCAGUGAAUGAAUGAGAUAGGGAGGCCAAUAUGAUUUAUGUGUGUGUAUACAUAUAUAUGUAUAAAACAUGUGCAUAAAUGUAUACCUAAAGAUGUUGUCCCAAAGUCUUCAUCUUUAAAUUUACACUUAGUCUUUACAUUUAGUCUUUAAAUUUACACCUUAAAACUACACUGAGAUUUUUGGGACACCUUGAAGAUAAAGUUCUACCACUGAAAUUAGUAUUACCAGUUGCAAUUGGUUGUAAAUCUACAAUGAAUAACUUGAUUUUUAUGAGGUCAUUAAAAAACACAAUUUACAUUGGAAAAAAUUAAUGAAAACAUUUGGAACAGUUUUUAUACAGCUUGAAUAUGUCAUCUAUUUAGUGAAUUUCAUUUAAGCUCAGAGUUGUAUAAUUUUUGAAAUAGACAAUUUAACAUCUUUGAUUUGCAUCUUCUUCUUUGUUAAAGGACCUGUGAUUUCACUGAGGCAGAUAUUCUCUCCAACCACAUGAACCAUGCUUAGAAACAACAAUCAACAAGAAUUCAUUAAGUGCUUUUUAGUGCCCCAUUGCAUUGGCGAGGUAGUACAGUGGAUAGAGUGCUGAGCCUGGAGUCAGAGAGCCUCAUCUUUUGAGUUCAGAUCUUCCCUCAGAUACUUAAUAGAUGUAUGACCAUGGACGAUUAACCCUGUUUGUCUUAGUUUCCUCAUCUGUAAAAUGAGAUGGAGAAGGAAAUGGUAAACCACUCUAGUAUCUUUGCCAAGAAAACCUCAAAUAGGGUCCACCAAGAGUAUGACAUGAUUGAAAUUGCAGAACAACAACAAUAAGUGCCCCACAAAUUGUGUGAGGUGCUGGAGAUAUAAAGGUAGAAAAAAAAUAGUCCUUGUCCUCAAGGGGCUCACAUUCUAUAGGAGCCAAAAGGAGCAUCCUAGAAACCUCUUCAUUUUAUCUUGUAAGGAUGAGGGCAUGGCAGGAUUUUUUGGAGCCCUGACAGGAGGGCUAAAGCAGAAUCUGUGUCAGCUGGAGAGAGCAUUUUUACAAUCUGAAACUGAGGACCAAGAGAAGUCAUUGCCUUAUGAAUCAUGGAGUUCCAAAGGUUAUAGAGGUAUUAUGGAAUGAUGCUUUAGUAGGUGGCUUCUUAAGUUUGCUGUGGCUAUUCACAGCCAUGAACGGUGAACCUAACUAGUGCCUUCAGAUAACAGAUGGGUGGGUAGUCCAUAAACAUACAUAGUUUUUUUGAGCUUACCCGAAAUGUUUAGUCUUUCAGUGUUUAUUCUCUGGUGGCAUGGAGUCUGGAACCCAGGAUCACUUCCAUUUUAAGAUAAGGUAUUAGAGUACCCUUUAGUGGAAGUUUAGAUAUAUAGAAUUUCAGUAUGAUAGCAUAGACUUAAGGCUAAAGGGACUUUAGAGACCAUCUAGCACAAUUCCCUCACUUUACAAAUGAGGGGACUCAUGCCCAUGUAGGAACAUGAUUUGUCCAAGGUGAUCCAGAGAAGUGCCAUGGGCAAGAUUUGAAUUAAAGUCCUCAAACUCCACUUUAUCAUCCUGCCUCCCACUAUUCAGGGAUAGCUUUGUAACAUUAGAGGAAAAUAAACUUGGGAAAUCUCAUUCUCACCACAUUCCCUUCCCCAUCUGUGACCUUCAUAUUCAGGUGCAUUUUCUUUUGGUGAAAUGAUACUUAAAUAGCAUGUAAACAUGCAGAUCAGCUUAAGGAACAAAGCAAUACCCAGCUGAAAAGCAAGUCAUUUGGAAAAUGAACCAUAAAUUCAAUUCAAUAAACCUUUAUUACAUACCUACUAAGCUCCAGGCACUGUGCUUAAGCUAAGAAAUCAAUACUAAAGGUGCAAGUAAACUAUUAGAUAACUGUUCAAUUAUUUGCUUCAACCAUGUCUUAUUUUAGUUCUAUUUUUGUUUUUCCAAAUCAUGCUGAGGAGAAGCAGUUAGGUAAUGCAGUAACUAGAGUCCUCAGUCUGGGGUCCAGGAAGAAUUAGUUUCCUGAGUUCAAAUCUAGCCUCAGACACCUACUAGAUAUGUGAUCCUGGGCAAGUCACUUAACUCCAUUUGUCUAAAAAACCCAAUAAAACAAAAACAAGUCAUGUAGAGAAAUCCCUUAGUUCAGUCAAGAAGAAGUUCUAGAAUCAGAAGACUUGGACAGAGAUCCUGGCUCUAUUUCUUACCAUUCAACUGUGAGUCCCUUGAGGGCAAAUACUGUCUUUUACCUCUCUCUGUAUCCCCAGUGUAUCAGCACAAUGCCUGACAUGCAGUAGGUGCUUAAUAAAUGCUUGUUGACUGACAAGCUGUGUAAUCCUAGACAAGUCAUUUUAUCUCAUUGGGCCUCAGUUUCUUUAUCUGUAAAAUGAGAAAGCUGGUCUAGAGCAUCUCUAGGGUCUUUUCUAGUUCCUAGCUCAGGGUCCAGUGCAUACUUAGCAAACAUUUAGUAAAUGCUAAUAAAUUGAUUGAUUCUGGCUCUAAAUCCCACAAUUCUAUGAACUCUGUCUCUCUUUCUCUUUGUAGAAACAGGGAUAGACAGUUUUACUAUGUUUUCCCCCACUUCUUUCUGAUAGAUUUAUUUUAUUUCUCUUGUGGUUUAUUUGUUUGUUGGUUCCUUUCUUUAAAACCUUACCUUCUGUCUUGGAAUCAUUACUAUCAGUUCCAAGGCAGAAGGGUGGUAAGGGCCAGGCAGUUGAGGUUAAGUGACUUGCUCAGGGUCAUACAGCUAGGAAGUUGACUGUCAGAUUUGAACCCUGGACCUCCUAUCUCUAUACUUGGAUGUCUAUCCACUGAGCCACCAAUUGCCCCUCCAACAUAUUUUUAAGGUCUUACUUUUCCAACUGAAAAUUAAUAAUUUUUGUAUAAUAAUUAUGUAAUGUCAUGAUCAUGCCACUUUAUGCCUUUAUGUAUAGAGCUCAAUAAUGUUUCUGAAAUGUUUAUUUUCACCUAUAAAAUGUUAUUCAGUUAUUUAAAAAGUAAGAUAAGAAAAUGGAAGUUAUACAUUGCAAAUUUUGUGUUUAAAUAAAUCAAUAAGCUUACCCACUG